AUAUAUAUAAUAAAGCCUUGCAACAAGUAGUCAGUACCUCAAACAAAAAUCAGAUCAGCCAUACAUGGAUCUACCUCAGCUUUUUCUUCUCUCUGCUCUCUUUAUUUUCUCUGUUUCAUACUUAAUAAAGUCUCUGCUUCGUCCCAAGAACAAGAAGACUACGGCACCUAUGAUCCCCGGAGCCUGGCCAUUGCUCGGCCAUUUACAUUUAUUUGACACCGUAAACCCAACUCACGUUACGUUUGGGGAAAUGGCUGACGUCUAUGGACCGGUGUUCAUGGCAAAGCUUGGCUCUCUCAACGUCAUGGUCAUAAACAGCAAAGAGGUCGCCAAAGAGAUCUACACGGUCCACGACAAGCUACUAGAACGGCCAGAACUUACCGCGUCUAAGAUUCUUGGCUACAACGACUCGUUCUUGACCUUUAGUCCUUAUGGUCUUUACUGGAGAGAGAUGCGGAAGAUCGCAGCAUCCGAGCUUUUUUCGACCUCGGGAAUUGAUAUGCUCAUGUUUAGUAGAGCACGUGAAGCUGACUUGGCAUUUGGAAAUUUAUACGGUAGGUGGGAGCAAAGAGGUAAGCCUAAAGAAGGAGUCUUGGUGGAUAUGAAGCAAGAGUUCAUAGAUCUAACUGCCAACAUCUCGUUAAUGAUGGUCGCGGGGAAGAGAUACUUUGGUGAAAACCCUAACUGCGAAGUGAAAGAAGCUAGGAGAUGCGGGAAGCUGAUUCGCGAGUUUUUGGAUUAUUUCUCACUAUUUUUGUUGUCUGAUGUGGCACCGGUUCUAGGUUUGUUGGAGUGGAAGAUCAAGAGAGGAAUGAAGAGAACGGCUAAAGAGUUAGAUAAAAUUACUGAAGUUUGGGUUGAAGAACACAAGAACAAGAGGAGAGAUCACGGUAGGAGUGAAACUGACUACUUGGAUAUACUCAUUGAGACAUUGGGAGGAGACAAGAUUCCGGGUUUGAGCGAUACUCACACGAAAAUCAAAGCCCUCUGCCUCAACUUGGUAUUGGCUGGGAGCGAGACGGCCAUUGUGGUUCUGGUUUGGGCGGUAUCCUUGCUCUUGAACAAUCCGCAUGUAUUGAGGAAAGCUCAGGAGGAGCUGGACAGUAAAAUCGGAAAAGAGAGAGUUGUGGAAGAGUUAGAUAUCAAAGAUUUGGUUUACCUCCAAGCCAUUGUCAAGGAGACAUUUCGCCUGUAUCCACCAGUCCCUCUCAUUGCUUAUAGAGAUGUGAUGGAAGAUUUCGACAUUGCAUGUUGCAACUGUCAUGUGCCUGCAGGGACACAAUUGAUGGUGAGUGCAUGGAAGAUUCAUAGGGAUCCAAGUGUUUGGUCCAACCCCGAACAGUUUGAGCCAGAGAGAUUCUUGACUUCUAAUAGAGAAGUGGACGUUGGUGGGCAGAGUUACAAGUUUUUUCCGUUCGGUUUGGGACGAAGGUCAUGCCCCGCGAUCCCUCUAGGUAUGAAGAUGGUGCACUAUCUCCUAGCUAGGUUUUUGCACAGCUUUGACUUGGCGAGACCAUCGAGCCAAGAUGUGGACAUGACAGAGAGCAAUGGAUUGGUCAAUCACAAAGCCAAUCCUCUUGAAGUCUUUAUCACUCCUAGGCUUCAUAAAUCCAUAUACGAAGUUGAUCACAUAGGGAUUGAUAAUUAGUACAUUGUUCGUUGGCCACUGAGCUAAACAAAAGAAUGUCGAGGUCGUUCCAUGAUUCCAAAUUUGUUAUGCUAUUUGUGGAAGAUUAAUCCCAUGAAAAUAAAAGCAUUUUGAAUAU